AUGGCUAAUGGCGGCAAAAUACUCGCUGUCUCGAAAGCUGAUCUGGCGAAGAAGCAGAAACAAGCGAAGAAAUCGAAAUCCGGCGGUUUCGAGUCGCUGGGAUUGAGCCCCAAUGUCUACAAUGGCGUCAAGAAGAAGGGAUACAGAGUUCCGACGCCUAUCCAGCGUAAGACCAUGCCGUUAAUCCUAUCGGGUUACGACGUCGUCGCCAUGGCCCGCACUGGGUCCGGAAAGACGGCGGCGUUCCUCAUCCCCAUGCUCCAGAAGCUCCAGCAUCAUGUGUCCCAGGCCGGAGUUAGGGCUCUUAUUCUUUCCCCGACUCGCGACUUGGCCCUUCAGACUUUUAAGUUCACCAAGGAAUUAGGUCGCUUCACAGACCUUCGUUCUAGCCUGCUGGUUGGUGGUGAUAGCAUGGAAAGCCAGUUCGAGGAAUUGGCUCAGAAUCCCGACUGCAUAAUUGCCACUCCCGGUAGACUCAUGCAUCAUUUGGAAGAGAUUGAUGACAUGUCCCUACGGACUGUGGAAUACGUCGUGUUCGAUGAAGCCGAUUGCCUCUUUAGCAUGGGAUUUGCGGAGCAGUUGCACAGAAUCCUUGGUAGGCUGGGUGAGAACCGCCAGACUUUGCUUUUUAGCGCGACCCUACCGAGUGCACUUGCCGAGUUUGCCAAGGCUGGCCUUCGGGACCCGCAGCUGGUCAGGCUUGAUCUGGAGACGAGAAUCAGCCCCGACCUCAAGCUCACCUUCUUCACCUUGAGGCAGGAAGAAAAAUAUGCAGCCUUGCUGUAUUUGAUAAGGGAGCACAUAGAUACCAAUCAGCAGACCUUAAUUUUUGUCUCCACUAAAUAUCAUGUCGAGUUUCUUUAUGCCCUCUUCAAAGAGGAUGGCAUUGUGGCUUCCGUGUGUUAUGGUGACAUGGAUCAUGAUGCUAGGAAGAUCCAUAUUUCAAAGUUUAGGGCUAGGAAGACUAUGCUGCUGAUCGUGACUGAUGUGGCUGCCCGGGGAAUUGAUAUCCCUUUGCUCGACAAUGUGGUCAACUUUGACUUCCCGCCUAAGCCAAAGCUUUUUGUCCAUCGUGUGGGCCGGGCUGCGAGGGCAGGCCGUACUGGGACUUCAUUUUCUUUUGUUACGUCAGAGGACAUGGCUUACCUAUUGGACCUUCAUCUCUUUCUUUCAAAGCCGAUUAGGCCUGCUCCUACUGAGGAUGAGGUUUUAAGAGAUAGAGAUGGUGCUAUGGCUAAAAUAGAUCAAGCGAUUGCGAAUGGUGGGACCGUUUAUGGACGUUUCCCCCAGAGAGCCAUAGAUCUACUGUCAGACAGAGUCCGAGAAAUCAUUGAGUCGUCCGCAGAACUCGCUGGCUUGCUGAGACCUUCUUCAAAGGCAUUUUCACUGUACACCAAGACAAAAGCUAAGCCAUCUAGGGAGUCUAUUAAAAGGGUGAAAGACCUGCCCCGUGAAGGUUUGCAUCCUAUGUUCAAAAAUGAACUGGGUGGUGAUGAGUUGACAGCUUUGGCCUUUUCCGAGCGCCUGAAAGCAUUCAAGCCCAAGCAGACCAUACUGGAGGCUGAAGGCGAGGCUGCGAAAUCGAAAAAUCAAAAGGGAUCUUCAAGUCAAUGGGUUGACGUGAUGAAGGUGAAAAGAGCCGUGCACGAGGAGGUGAUAAAAAAGGUUCAAGAGCAACGUUCCAGAGAUAAUCUUUUCAAAGAACCAAGUUGCAUAAUUAUCCGUAGCCUCUUCGGUAUUUCUCUUAAUUUUAUUGCAUUGGUUAUUGCAGUAGGCGCCAAAAGAAAGGCCCAGACCUUCAAAGAUGAUGAAUAUUUCAUUAGUUCUGUGCCAACCAAUCAGCAUUUUGAAGCAGGGCUUUCUGUGAGAAAUAACCAGGGCUUUGAAUCAAACAGGUUAGAAUCUGCUGUUCUUGAUCUAAAUGCUGAUGAUAGUGGAGGAUUGCAGAAGCAGAAAUCUUCUUUCCACUGGGACAAGAGAAGCAAGAAGUACGUCAAGCUAAACACUGGGGAUCGUGUGACGGCCAGUGGAAAGAUAAAGACAGAAAGUGGUGCAAAAGUUAAGACCAAGAAAACUGGAAUAUACAAGAAAUGGAUUGAACGGUCGCACAAGAAGGUUUCGCUUAAAGGGACGAGCAAUGAAAGCACUUCACAAGAAGCUGCUAGUACAUCAGGUACUUCUGAUUUUCGAGGGGAUAACCGGAGAAGGUUCAAAGGUGGAAGGAGUCAAAGGUCAGUGCCGAAUGCUCAUGUCCGUAAUGAAAUCAAAGACAUCGAACAAGUUCGGAAGGAAAAGCAAAAGAAAGCAGACAGGGCUUCUUAUCUUAAGACCAAGAAUAAGAAGGGAAAGAAGUUUGGGAAGAAUGGAAAGUGGGGAAAGGGAAAGAAGUAG